AUGAACGACCCAGUUGUCAGAACUGCUUCUCCUUACACUGAUCCUACAGUAAAGGGCCCAAAGUCUCAGCAACUCACCAAUGGUCAUUCCCAUUCUCUUCUUCAGCAUAACAAGAUGAUUCCCAACAAUAAAGUCAACAAGACAGCCCUUCACCCUGGUGGUGUUGAACCCCACCAGGAAAGGGAGCACACGGAGCUAGAGGAGGAACUGCAUGAGAAGGCACACAUCGACUACGAUAGAGUUGCCAUUAUUCCUAACCCUUCAGUUGCUGCCCUGUACGAAGAUGCUCUUGUUUAUGAGAUGGGCUCGGCUAUCGCAUCGAGCGGUGCGUUGACUGCCUACUCUGGCGCAAAGACCGGCCGGUCACCUUCAGACAAGAGGAUUGUAAAAGAACCGUCAUCAGAAAGCGAUAUCUGGUGGGGACCCGUUAAUAAACCCAUGGCUCCUGAGGUAUGGAAAAUCAACCGCGAACGUGCUGUCGACUACUUGAAUACCCGAACAAGAAUUUACGUCGUCGACGGUUAUGCGGGUUGGGAUGAGAAAUACCGAAUCCGAGUUCGAGUCAUCUGUGCCCGUGCCUACCAUGCUUUGUUCAUGCGCAACAUGCUCAUCCGCCCUUCGCGAGAGGAGCUGGAGCAUUUCCACCCUGAUUACACGAUCUAUAACGCCGGAAGUUUCCCGGCUAACAGAUAUACCGAAGGGAUGACCUCGGGAACUUCAGUCGCCAUUAACUUUGCCGAGAAAGAGAUGGUCAUCCUCGGUACCGAGUAUGCAGGUGAGAUGAAGAAGGGUGUCUUCACCGUAUUAUUCUAUGAAAUGCCUAUCAAGCACAAUGUCCUUACUCUUCAUUCGUCUGCAAACGAAGGCAAGAAUGGCGAUGUCACACUUUUCUUUGGUCUUUCCGGAACCGGUAAGACAACAUUAUCUGCCGAUCCUAACCGAGCUUUAAUCGGUGACGACGAGCACUGCUGGAGCGAGCGCGGUGUCUUCAACAUUGAGGGCGGUUGCUAUGCAAAGUGCAUCGGCCUCUCGGCAGAGAAGGAGCCAGAUAUUUUCAACGCUAUCCGCUUCGGCUCUGUCCUCGAGAACGUUGUCUUUGACCAAGAGACUAGAGAGGUCGACUAUGACGACGCUACCCUUACCGAGAAUACGAGAUGUGCCUACCCUAUCGAGUAUAUCAGCAACGCCAAGAUCCCUUGUCUGUCGGAAAGCCACCCUAGCAACAUUAUCCUGUUAACCUGUGACGCGCGUGGCGUAUUACCACCGAUAUCAAAGCUUAACAGCGCACAAACAAUGUUCCAUUUCAUUUCCGGUUAUACCUCCAAGAUGGCUGGUACCGAGGAUGGUGUAACAGAACCUGAAGCCACUUUCUCAUCAUGCUUUGCUCAGCCCUUCCUCGCUCUUCACCCUAUGAGGUACGCGAAGAUGCUGGCGGACAAGAUAGAAAAGCACUCGGCGAAUGCUUGGCUCCUGAAUACCGGUUGGGUCGGUGCCGGUUAUAUCCACGGCGGCAAGCGCUGCCCGCUCAAGUACACCCGUGCAAUUUUAGAUGCCAUUCACUCAGGUGAAUUGGCAAAGGCUGAGUAUGAGACGUACGAAGUUUUCAACCUUCAGGUCCCCAAGACAUGCCCUGGAGUGCCCUCAGAGCUGCUCAACCCCAGGACUGCCUGGACUGCAGGGACAGACAGCUUCAGCGAAGAGGUCAAGAAGCUUGGUGGACUAUUUAUCGAGAACUUCAAGAAGUACGAUUCAGAAGCUACAGACGACGUCAAGGCGGCUGGCCCGAUUGUUUAA